AUGUUAUGUUCCAAAUGUACAAUCAAAUCCUAUAGGAUGACCCAGCAGCCCUCAACGUCUCAAGGACAUCAAUGCCCGACUUGUGGUCGAAUUUUCCAGCUUGAAGGAAAUCUAAUUCUUCAUGUAGAUCGAACGCACAGUGGUGCUCAAGCAUAUCUUUGCACCUGGCCAGAUUGUGAGAAGCGGUUUUCAUCUUCAGAGCUUCUUCGGAAGCAUCUGCGCAAUACCCAUCAGCCAUCAAAGCUAAGAUGCUCUAAAUGUGAAUCCACUUACUCCACCAACUCAGCUCUGCGCCGACAUGAACGGAUACAUUCGAGUACUAGGAGAUACAUUUGUUCCCGAUGCGGUGCUGGCUUCGAUCUAUCCGAACCAUAUAAAAUCCAUCUACGGCAACAUGAUCACAUACAGCCGUAUGCUUGUUCUAUAUGCUCGAAAACAUUUACAUCAAGGGCUGUUUGUCGAAGGCAUCGCGUUGGCCAUGAAAAGCAUUCAAAAAGCUGA